AUGGAACAGCUCCUCCUAUAUGAUCAAGAGUUUAAGCGACCUCUCUGUGCAUGUGCUGCUGAUCACAACUUGCCAGCAACACUAUCAGCCAAUGGGGUUUGCUUGAAAAAAAUAGUAACGGUGCUGGAGCCCUUCGAGGAGUUAACUAGGAAAAUCAGCUCAGCGACCUCCACUGGAGCCGACGUAAUCCCAGCCGUCACCGUUUUAACACGCCUGCUCGCCGAGGAGAACAGUACUGACAGCGGCAUCAAAACAAUGAAAAGCACGCUCCUCCAAGCUGUCAGCAGGCGAUUCAGCAGCAUUGAAAGUGAACCCCUCUAUGCAGUUGCCACUUUAGUGGACGCUCGAUACAAAGAUAGAUUCUUUGUGGGUGAAGAAACUGCCAGGAGUGCGAAGGCUCUCCUGACACAAGAGCUUGAGCAGAUGGAGCAAGCACUGCUCAGGGCAUCAGCUGAUGAAGCAGGGGCAACAGAGGCAGAGCCAGUAGAAAAGGUUGCUCGCAUGGAAGCUGGUACAAGUUCUGAUUCUCCUCCAAGCACAAGUAAGAGCAUGUUAAGCAGUCUGUACGACAGAAUUCUGGAGGAGCAUGAUGAACCUGCAGGAGGUAGCCAGGCAGCGGUUAUCCAAAUGCAAAUGUAUUUGAAAGAACCAACGAUGGGCGAGAAAGACAGCCCUUUCCAGUACUGGGCAAACAACCAUGCUCGCUUUCCUCUCCUUGCUGCUGUUGCGGAAAAGUUCCUGAGUGCCCCUUCAACCAGUGUGGAAAGCGAAAGACUGUUUAGCACGGCAUCCAAUAUUGUGGAUGAAAAGAGGAAUCGUCUGACAGCAGAGAGAGCAGAAAUCCUCAUAUUCCUCAAAAAGAACCUGCCAAUGUUUAAGUGAGAU